AUGCUGACGAGCCUGGCGUUCUAUCCGUCGCUUGGGUACAACCUGCUGCGAAACUAUGUGCAGCCGCAGCGCUGGCAGUGGUACAACCGGAUCGACGAGUCCCUCAUCCUCGGCGCCAUGCCCUUCAAGUCGAUGCGCAGCGAACUCGUCGAGAAGGAGAACGUCGGCGGCGUCGUCUGCUGCACCGAGGACUUUGAGCUCAAGGCGGCCUACCAGGCCAUGGAGGAUCAGGUCAGAAGAGGGAAUAUUCGGAAGGAGAUCGUUUCAAGAGAUUGAUUAAAAAAGGAGUUUUCAAGGACUGGAAAGAGCUGGGCGUCGAGUUUCACGCUGUGCCGAUGAAGGACUUUGUCGGCAGCGCCAGUCGGCCGGAAAUCGACGAAACUGUUCAAUUCAUGGAAUCCGUGGCGGCCAAGGGAAAAAGCGUCUAUGUACAUUGUAAAGUGAGAAGUGUAGCGUGACUUCGAAAUAAUGACGAUUUGAGGCCGGAAGGACGAGAAGCGCGACGGUGGCCACGUGCUACCUGAUGAAGACGCGAUCCUGGAUGCCGAACGUCGCUUUUGAGUUUCUCAGGGAUCGAAGACAUCAGGUGAGUCCGAGCAUGAUAUUUUCCUGAUCAGGGAAGCUAUUGACCGAUUUCCAUGCGGAAGAAAACUAGGUUGAUUGGAGUUACCGAAUUUGAUUCUAGAAUUUUUGGUAACUUAUUGAUUUUUUGAAAUGCCGGCCGAGACGUAUGAGCCUUUAAAUUUUCAUCUUUCUCACACUUUCUCUUCUAAAGAAUAAACUGCGUCCAAUAAGGAAAGGGCACCCUCAAUUUUUGGACUGACUGGCGAAUCCUGGUAAGGUGUUGGAAAGGAAACCAGCAGAAAGUUUGAAGAGGUAGGGAAGCUAGAAUGUUUUGGGAGAGCCUUUGGAAGGUAUUGGGGAGGUAAAAAUGGAAAAUACUUGCCAGAAGCCUUCCAAAAGCCUGCUGGAAAGCUUCUGGAAAGCUUUUUUCAAAGUAGAAGGUGUCGAGAAAAAAACCACUAGGAUUUUAUAACUUCAAUAAGUUCAUGUAUCGCUUCUUAAGGGAUGAUUUUUGCAGCAUGAACAACUUAUCGAGUUUUAUAGAAACUUCAAAAGGUCUUAGAAAACUCGGUCAUUUUUCUUUUUCGCGAAUUGUUUUUUCGGCAAUUUUUUUUGAGCUUCAUACAUAGGCACAGUCGGAAAGGGUGAAAAAAGGCUCCAUAGGAAUUUUCCUUUUUUGAUGCCUUUUUGCGCCAUUUUAUCGGCAUUAAUGAACCAUUUUUGCUGCCUCUCCCUUUACCCACCGUUUUUUAAGCCUUUAAAGUUCUCGAAAAACCGAAAGGCUUGAUAAAUGGACUAUUUUUGCUGCCUUUCUGCAGCCUUUUCUGGGCCUCUCCCUCUUCGCGGUCAUUAUCCACCAAUCCGACUUUGCCUGAGCUCUUACUUGGGACAGAAACACGUCUGAAAGUUUUCUAUUUUCGCUAGUUUUCAGAACUUAUUCCUGACUACAGUCUUUUGAUAAACUAUACUGAUAAAGCAUAACUUUUCUCGAUUUCAAGGUCCUCCUGCGGAAUGCGCAAUGGCGGACGGUCAACGAGUAUAGACGGUUUCUGGACUCACAAAUAUCUCGAUCAUCAUCUCCGAAAUAA